CUAUAUUUUAUUCUCACACCGCAACAAUCCUCAGUGAAAAGCCACAGAAAACAAGAGCUUGGGUGGGUCACUGUUGAGAGGAGGCAAAUGGAAGGGCCAGAGAUGUCUUCAUCAACACCAACAGCAACGAUCAAGACCAGCAAUAACAAUGAUUUUAAGCCACAAAAACCACUGUUCAGGCCAGCUCAAGAUGACACCAAGCCUCCACUCAAAGACCCAAUUCUGAGAUCAGACCCAAUUGAGACUGAAGAAGCAGUGCUAAAGCUGCCUCCUUUCCCAUUUUGCAAAUCAAAAUGAGGGGCUUGGUCUUGUAUCUGUUUCUGGGUUUUUGGAAUUGGAUUUAUGAAUGUAGACUAUGAUGAUUUUGUGAUUGUUGACAUGUUUAGUGAUAAAUUGGGGAUGAUUUGUGUAUGUUGGCUUGGAAUUCAUGGUUUUUUAUUUAAUCCUUGUAUUUCUUUUUAUGAAAA